AUGUCCACCGCACACCGACCGACGUGGAAUCCAGCCAUUGGAAAGGAGGUCAAAGGCGGCUCAAGACAAUUCUCCACACGCGAUGUUGCGUCGCAUACAAAGCUAAAGUUUCGCCAGCCCGGUCAAGGAGGAAGCAACGAGAUUGAGAAACGCGACUUGAAAGCCCAGCUUGAAAAAGCAGAGGCAGAGGCGCGCGCGAGGAAACGCAAGGCUGCUGGACAUGUCGACGAUACGGCGAUGGAUGAAGACGACCAACCAAAGCUACUGGCAGAUGUUGAGGACAGAAACCCGGAAGAAGUCAAACGACGCAAGCUUCUAGAAGCUAUUGCGCUCGACAAAGACGACGAUGAAGACGAUGAGGAGAGCGAAAAGCCUGGAGCUGCAAAGAACGCUGACGCAUCUGGAGAAAGCAGUGACGAGGAUGAAGAUUCCGACGAAGAAGACGAGGACGAGUCUGCUGAACUACUUCGAGAACUAGAGAAGAUUAGGAGAGAAAGAGCUGAAGAGCAAGCUCGCAAGGAGCAAGCCGCACAAGCUGCUCAUGAUGCCGAAAGAGAGGAGCAGAUCGCUACAGCCAACCCUCUCCUGAAUUUGCAAGCCGCUCUCGGUAAAGGAGGCUCAUCAUCAGCCAGUGGCUCCUUUGCAGUCAAGAAACGUUGGGACGAUGACCUCAUCUUUAAAAACCAAGCCAACGGCCAAAGCGAUAAACCGAGCGGCCAGUUUGUCAACGACCUCCUACGGACAGAAUUUCAUCGAAAAUUCAUGCACAAGUUUAUCAAGUAA